AUGAGGCCUGCACUGUUGAAACACAAAUUGCAAAUCCCCAGCCAAGUUUUAGAGGUUAUCCAAGCAAGUCCAGCCAAGCUUGGCAUCUUCCCCAGUCUCUCUUUAAUCCAUUCAUUUUCUUCAUAUCUAUCUAAUCUAGAGUAUAUUCAUAUACUCAUUCACAGUUAGAUUACCAUCUUCUCAUCAUAGUAAUACAUAUAUACUUUCACAUAUCAUCAUAUAUAUAUAUAUAGUUACAGAAACACGACCCCUUUUCUUGGAUACGCACGCAUGUCCAAGAGAGGAGGAGGAGCCGUGCUGCAAAAGGAUGUGCCCUGGAGGGCAUCUUCCGGAAAACCCAUUCCCAAAAUUCACCACUCCCCUGUUCUUCGUCUCUCUCAAAACCCUUAUUCCAAUUACGCCUUAUCUGUCAUGAGGCACCCCAAUCCAAUUGAAAAUGGGUUUGGAAGUGAAGCCAUAGUGGAAGCAGCAGGGCCGGAUUGCAUUGUACCAGGACAGACUCCUCCCAUUAAAUUGCUUGGUUUAAAGGUGUGGCCCAUUUAUAUUGACUUGAAGUUUAUGGAACCGGUUGGACGAGAACUCAAAUCGAUUGGGAAGAUCUUUGUAUAUAGAUGUGUAUUUGAUCUUGGGGUGCUUUAAACCUUGUGCAUUUUUGUAAGUGCCAGUUCUUGUUCAAUCUUAUAAUUAUUAGGUUAGAUAAUUAAUUUGAUUUUUUAAAAUUUGUGUAUAAUUAGAAAUACAAUCAUAAUACCUUUUAAGUUUUAAUAGAUUUCCUGAGGCUCAUCCUGUGGUUUCAGGGCAAGGUUUCUUAUGUUGAGCAGGUGUUCGACUUGAAACUGAUAUAUUUUCUUGUUCACUUGUUUGACCAUCUAGUUCAACCACCUAAACCGUGGUGUUAAAUAUAAAUAAGAUUAAGUUACAAAGAAGUCCUACUUUUAAAGAUAUAAGAGCAUCAAGUCCUACAAAUGAACAAACCUACUAUCUUUUCAUAAAUUGUUGUUAUUUCAUUAAAUAAAAGUAUUAGCAAGAUUGGAGAAGUUUUGAAUAUGGUAAUUAAUAUCUUACCAAGGAAACAGUCUCUUCGCAUGCGGAGGUAAGGCAAUGUACUCCCCAGACCCCGGAAUGGCGGGAGCAUACUUGAAUUCGACAUCUAGAUAAUAUAGAUUUGAUUAAUUGGAGAAAAAAGAAAAACUUAAAUUUGAUUGCAAAUUUGCUACAUCUGAGAUAGACGAAACCCUCUUUUGUCACCAUAUUCUAUUUAAUUUUAAGUAUAAUUGAAUAUAUUUUGAAUAAUAAUAGCAUAAUUAAUUAUAUUAUUAUAUAGCAUAUUAUAUAUUUAAAUUUGUAAAACAUGUUCACAUUCCCGUCUCCAAGUUUUCAUGCCAAGUCAAUGUAUCCUAAGAUUUGGGAUCUAGGGAGGUCUGAGUUUGACAAUUAGACAGACCUGCACCCGAUACAUGUAAGCGACUUCAUGUAACAUAUUAAUUGACAAAAGGAGACACCAGGACUGACCAUCUCGACUGAAUAAGACUCCAUCAUUGGGAUUAGCGUGAGAUUCUUUUUAUAAAAAACAAAUUAUAAAAAUAAAAAAACUAAAAAAAAAAAAACAAAAAAA